UAUUCAUUUUUUCCACGAAUUUUAGGUGACCCGCCAUUAGUGCAUAGCCCACUUUCUCCAAAGAAAAUUCUACUCUAUAUGCUGAACACUGUAUUGGAAUAUAGUAUGAUUUCUUUUUUGCACAGUUUCCAAUACACUCCCUUUUCUCUUUACUUAUGAAUGAAAAAUCAUUGCCGAGUUGAAAAAUUAUAUACUAUGAUCAAAUUCAAACCCCACUUCAGUUACGUAGAUAUUUUGUUGUCUACUCUGUAUACUUUGAUGAUCAAGAUUUAUGGGUUCUUCUGCAAAUAUGUGUGCAGGAAGGGAGAUGAAGUUGUUGUUGUGUCUGAUGAUUCCACUGUGUUUUUGCCACGUGGGAUUUCUGAGGAAGAUGGUUUAGAUUUGCAGGAGAGUAGAAAAGAUGAAGAUGGAAUUGUUGCAACUGUUUUCUUGCAGAGUGAGUGUAAGUUUGUGCGUAGCGAAAACAUGAUUGAAUACUUUGUCGAACAGCCGCAAACGGAGGAAUUCGUGGUCGAAGAAAUGUUUGUCGGAUCAAACGAGGUUCGUGUCGGAAGUGAUGAUAGUUUUGAUUGCGAAAUUUCUCGGAAAUCGGAUAAGAAAAUACUCGGAUUCGGAGACGAAGACGAAGAAGAAUCGGGCUCUUCGUUUCGUUUUAGCUUGUUCGAUGCUUCUCUCUCUAGAAAUGAAGUAGUUUGUGAGGAGAGAGAGGAACUAAGUUGUGUUCAAGAUGAAGAAAUUAUGGAGGAACAUGAUUUUUCGUAUGAGGUUGAAUUGAUUCCGUUUAAUAGAAAAAACGAGUCCGGAAAUUGGAUGAGUGAUUUUCUCGAUCGAGAUCGAGAUAUCGAACAGCGCAAACCAAGAUCCGACGAUGGUUCGGAUGACGACGACGAUGAUUACAUAGAAUUGGAACUUAUGUGUGUCAAAGAUGAGGAAUUAUUAUUAUUACAAAAACAGGAUAUUAUACAGAGUGAAGCUGUAAUAACAACAGCGUUUUCGGACAGUUCAGACGAAGAGAAAAAUCGUUGCGAUUCAGAUUCUGAUUCAGAUGACGAAGAAGAAGACGAGGAUGUGUUGUCGGAGCAUGAGAAUUUAGUUCAACAGAUGAAAAUGGAGCUCAAGAAUUGUAGUAGAAUCAAAGGGCUCCCGACUAUAUCGGAAGAAUUUGAAACUCCUAAAAUUGAAGAAGAUUUGUUGAAACCCCUGCAAAUUGAUCGGAAAAUCGAGUACAAAGAUGUAAUCAACGAAAUUCAAAAUUUCUACAAGUGCUACACGGACAAAAUGCGUAAACUCGAUAUUCUUAAUUACCAGACUUUACAGGCAAUUAGUUUUCUUCAGCUGAAAGAGUCUGAAGUACUUACCGCAUGCAAGAAAAAGGCUGAUUAUUUAACGCCUUCGAUUUUACCGAAAUUUUUGAAACGGAAAGUGCAGAGAGUCUACGCAGAUCCAAUGCAAAAAUCGAUCAAAGAGAUGCACCGUGACUUGGAAUUGAUAUACGUAGGAAAACUUUGUCUCUCGUGGGAAAUUCUUUGCUGGCUUUAUGUGAAGGGACAAGAAUUGAUGGACUACGAUUCUCAAGGGCAUAAUCAUUCUUACAAUCGAGCGGCCGAGGAUUUUCAACAAUUUCAAGUACUUAUGCAGAGAUUCAUCGAAGACGAACCCUUUCAAGGAAAUAGAAAUCAGAAUUAUGUUAGGAGCCGUUGCAUGAUUCGUAAUCUUCUUCAUGUCCCGACUAUCAAAGAUGAUUGUUCGAAGGCGAAGAAGGAAAUAAAAGAAGAAACGGAUGCAAUUUCACUUAAACAAUUGGUGGAAAUGAUUAAAGAAUCGAUGCUGAUUUUCCGUGAAUUCAUUUUUGCCGAUAAAAAGGCGACGAGAAACGCUGUCCUAAAGGGUAUUCAAGAACCUCAAAACUCCGAGCUUUUAGUCGAUGUUGUCUCAAAACUUCAAAAGAAGGAGAGAAGAAUUCAAGAGCAUAUUAGAAGUCGAAACUGCAUAGUUACGAAGUUGAGAAAAAGUCAACGGGAAUGCGACGAAACAUCGACAAGUGAGGUGGAGUUGAGAUUGGUGUGUAGGGUGCUGAAUGUGUCAAACUUAACAAGAGAACACUUACUAUGGUGCCAUAACAAACUUGACAACAUUAGUUUUGUAGGGAAAAAGGUUCAUUUGGACACAUCUUUUUUGCUUUUCCCAUGUUAAAAUUAUGUUUUUUUUCACUUCAUUUUGCUUAGUAAUUAAUACUUGUAAAUGCAAGGUUUUAGAGAUAAAGGAGAAAAAAUAUAUGUGAAGUCUCAAACUUUUAUGCAGUUGUGUUAUGUAUGUAUUUAGGAAGGAGAGAAAUAGUUCAAUGGUUUGUAUUAUUACAUUUUAGUAUUUUACGAUCGUUAUUAUAAUCCGUUAAAAAGAACUUA